ACUAAAUCUAUUUAUUCCUUAAUUCAGAUCGCACAGAUCCGUACGAAAGUCCAUCUGUUACUAAAAUCACGCUUAUUAAAAUUCCACCGGCUAUAUUCGUGUAUCCAUUUUGGAACAAUGAUAUAGAAGUCGCCAAUUAUGCCGGAUGUCGCGUCAUGGCUGCCAAAACAUUGCUGCAGCUCCUUCAAUACGACUAUGCCGAGAGUAAUACAAACGUGGAAAUUAAAGUCAAGAAGAGCAAUGGGAUCCGAUACCGGGAAGGCGUCACUACCGAUGCGGACCACGAACCUUGUGAAGUUCUCACCUACAACUGGGCCCAGCGUAUCGGAGAACCAUACAAAAAACAUCAAGUUACCAUUUUCAACCCACACUUUCUCGCCUUCCGCUACGGUCGUCGUUUCUACGAACCGGAAAAAGAGUUUGGCGUUUUCCCCACCUCACUCGCACUGAAAACAAUGCUGCACAAGUUCCUGGAUGAAAUCGGAACCUUGAGGAACGCUCCGUUCUGGGAUUUUCCACAGUUUAUAAGACAACGACUCAUGCACCAGAAGCUCAUUCGUUACGAAAAAUUCUCUGAAGCUCAACUCUUCUUCCUCAUCAGUUUCAGGGAGUUGUGUCGGUCCAGAGUGUCGGACGAACUUUUGGACAUUUACCACUACCACGCCACCGAAAACAUUGCCGGACUCAUGCAGAUGGAGGAAUUUGCGUCAACGUGGCGUUGCUCGCCGAAUUCGAUGAUGAACCCGGCGUUGAAAUGCUUUUCCCGAUGAAAAUAAUCCGUAUUGUGUGUUUAAUAAUAAUAAUAACAUAUUUGUUUUGGUUUCGA